AUGCCGAACUUGUGGACGAAGCGCAACGCCUCAGCCCCGGGCAGUGAGACAUCGCCGCUCCUCGAAUCCGAGACCGCCUCCAAUGUCGGAGCACCGAGCCGAAGGAACCCCAACGCAACCCCCCAGGAUCCGUCCUCCGGGGUUGCACAAACCGAUACCGUUGCAGAACAAAUCACUCAUGCGGAGCGUGUCUGGCUUUUUGUCGGGAUCUUUCUCGUCGGCUACGCCUACGGUCUGGAUAGUCAGGUCCGAUCAACCUACCAACCAUACGCCACCUCAAGUCUAAACCUGCACUCAUCCCACUCGACCAUCAACGUCCUGCGCAGCGUCGUCGCCGUGGCCUCACAACCUACAGUCGCCAAGGUCGCUGAUAUAUAUGGCCGUUUCGAAGCGAUUUCGGUGUCAAUUUUGUUCUAUGUUGUCGGGACGCUUCUAGAGGCCAGCGCGACGUCCGUUGAGCUAUUUUGUGUUGGCGCUAUUUUAUACCAGAUCGGCUGGACCUGCAUCGUUUUACUACUCGAGGUUCUCGUCGCCGACUUCUCGUCGAUGCGUUCUCGGGUCUUCUUCAGCUAUAUCCCAGCUAUCCCUUUCGUCUUCAACACAUGGAUUAGCGGAAACGUAACGGCUGCUGUACUACGCGUCCUGUCAUGGCGAUAUGGCAUUGGUAUGUGGGCGAUAAUUUUGCCCAUCUGUUCCACCCCGCUGCUCACGAGUCUCUAUUCCUUCGGGAAAAGGACGCGCAAGUAUGAGACUCACCCUGAGUCGAAGAGAGCGGCGGUUGACCUAUUUCACCAACUGGACGCUGUCGGUCUGGCCAUUCUCAUCGCGGCCUUCUCCUUCACGUUGGCACCCCUCACUCUGGCCGGAGGGACAGUGAGCCACUGGAAAUCUCCCGGAAUCAUAGUCCCCCUUGCCUUCGGCCUGGCAUGCAUUCCCGCCUUCGUCUUUUGGGAACGUUGUUAUGCUCAAGUCCCUCUUAUACCCUUCCGCCUUCUCAAAGACCGCGGAGUCUGGUCAGCUCUGGCGGUGCGGAGUCUGCUCAACUUUGCAUGGUCGACCCAAGGAAACUACUUGUAUACCGUGCUCGUGGUAGCAUUUGACUUCUCCAUCGAGACGUCAACCCGCAUCUUGUCAUUCUUCUCAUUUUUUGGCGUUUUCAGUGGUGUCUUGGUCGGCAUCAUCAUCUACAGGAUCCGCAGACUCAAGGGCAUCAUCGUAGCAGGCGCUUGCAUCUUCACAGCAUCAUUCGGUCUUCUUAUCCUAUAUCCUGGGGGAGCAACUGCCAGUUCAAAAUUCGGUCUCAUUGCUGGCCAAAUUAUCAUGGGAUUGGCGGGCGGCUUGUUUGCGUACCCGACUCAGGCGUCUAUACAGGCAUCCGCAGAUCGUGAGCACGUCGCUGUUGUCACCAGCCUGUAUCUAUCAGUCUUCAACGUGGGUAGUGCCUUGGGAAACUGCCUGUCGGGAGCUCUUUGGACACAGCUGCUUUACCCGUCUUUGCAACAGAACCUUGCAUUCCAGCCAAACACGACGUUGGCUCAGGCUGUUUACAACUCGCCAUUCUCGACCAUCGAGCACUACCCCGUUGGCGGAAAGAUUAGAGAUGCUAUCAUUGACAGCUACAGGGAUGUCCAGAGGCUGCUCUGUAUUGCUGGAAUGUGCAUUUGUGUGCCAAUGGUCGGCUUCGCUUUUGCGUUGAGGAACCCGAGAUUAUCGGAGGAACGAGUGCAACCGGACGCAUCUGCAGAGUCUGAUUCGUGA